AUGCGCCUUGGGGCACUCGACUUCUUGCCGGAGGCGAGCCGGCUCGUUGCCGAUGCGCGCAAGAAGGGCGCCUCGGCGGAGGAGAUCGCGAGGCUCGAGGAGAACGUGACCUCGGCGGUUGCGGAGGAUCUCCGUCGGGCGAUGGGCCAGGCGUCCAGUCUGGGCGAGCAGGGCGAUCGGCUCGCAGGCUCGCUGUCGAGCGGCUCCGACGGCAAGGGCGCGGGCCUGGGCUCCAAGACCGUCUCGGAGGCGGUGGCCAC